AUGUUGUCUCGUGAUUUAAAAUCCAUUCCAGAUCUGAUCGACGCAAAACGUGGAGUCUGUCGCAUUCUUGAGGGAGCUGUUCACUGUUUUAAGACAGUACUAGACGUUUUAUAUGACAUUGGUGCAUUCGGCUCCUUAUUUAAUGCGAAAAGGACUCAAAUGAAUGCUGUCGCCGAUGUUUUGAGGAGUAAGAAAUUGGUGGAUCCCAACUCAAUUCAGCAACUGGUAUCCUCCAACGUACCUAUACUGAAAUUUCGCAGCUGUGAUGGUGUUAAUGUCGAUCUCCAGUUCAACAAUAUUCCCUCCAUUCGCUCUUCACUCUUUGUAAGGGCCUGUGUUGAGUUCAGCAUGAUCGUUCCAAUUAAUAUACAUUGGAUAAAUGCGUUUUUCAAAGCUGCUGGAUUAAAAGAUAGUCGUCAUGGUCUUUUCUCUUCGUACCAUUUAAAUAUGUUGGCUCUCCAUUUUCUCCAGGCUACUCCCUUGCCUUUGUUGCCUGAUAUGAUUUCUUCAUGUCCAUAUCUGCAGCCAACGGUACCAUGGCAAAAUGUCGCAGAACGCUUGACUACAGAGGCUUCUUGUAUCAUUACAGCAGAAGUCCCAAUUUUGACGUCGGUUUUCUUAGCUGCCAAAGACAACCUUCAUUCACGACAAAAAAAGGAGUAUCAGUUCGCUCAUACCAGUCAUCAGUGGGGAUUUUCGUCAGCAGCUUUGUGGAAAUCUGCGGUUUUCGGUGACGUUUUGACAUUUUGGACUCCAGAGAAACCAGCAUUCAACGAUAUUCAUGACGAAAAGGAAGUACUCAAGCAGCAGCCGAACUCACUCUCAGAAAAUUGGAAGACAGUCGUGGAUGGUGGAUGUGGGGAAAUGAAUCCAGUGCAAGAACUACUGGGAUCCGCACAGUAG